AUGUCUGACACUGAAGACGUGCAAGCGCCCCGGAGCCCCGUGGUAGAAGACGCCAAUCCCUCUAAUGCCACCCUGUCUCGGGACAAGGCUACUGGGAAGGUGUUCAUUCGCCCCGUCGGCUUCAAUGUGCGUUACGAAGAUGUUGAAGACCACUUCGGUCCCCUUGGUAAGAUUGCUAACAUCCAAUUGAUGAGAGGGUAUGGCUUUGUUACUUUUGAACUGCCCGAAGAUGCCGCUGCAGCCGUUGAAAAGUUGAAUGACCUGGAUUUCAUGGGUGAGCGUCUUGUGGUGGAAGCUGCGCAACCCCCUAAGGAGGACACUCGUGGCAAGUUCCGGGUGAAGGUCAAAGGUCUUCCCGAAGGUACUGCGUGGCAAGACUUCAAGGACUUUGUCAGGGAACGUACUCUGUUGGACCCCCAAUUCGUCAAGGUUUUCCGCGAUUACGACCUGAAUGAGUUUUUGGGUGCCAUCGAAUUCGCUCUGACUGAAGAUUUGGAAAGCGCCAUUCCUCAAUUGGACAAGGCCGACUUCAACGGUGCCGAAAUUAGCGCUGAGAUCGACGACUCGCCCUAUGUUCCUCCCAGAGGUGGUCGUGGUGGUCGCGGCGGGUUCAGAGGUCGUGGUGGAUUCAGAGGUGACCGUGGUGGCUACAGAGGCCGCGGUGGUUUCCGUGGUGGUCGCGGUGGCGGCGACCGUGACAGAGGUUACGACAGAGGUUACGACAGAGGCGACCGUGGUGACCGUGGCGGGUACGACCGUGGGUACGACCGUGGUGGGUAUGACCGUGGCGACCGUGGCGACCGUGGUGGCCGCGGCGGCUACCGCGACGACUAUGGUUCCAGAGACCGUUAUGACAAUGAACCCCGGGAUGGCGGCUAUGAGCGUGACCGGUCGCCCACGAGAUAUUAA